CCUCCCUGCUCCGAGAGUGGUCAUCAUCGGAGGAGCAUCCUGCCCCGCUGUGCCCCAGCCUGGUCUGCCUGGGACCAGAGUAUCAGGACCAACCGGAUCCCAGGCCCUGGCACCGGACCAGGUGAAAAUGAGUUCUUCAGUAAGAAGAAAAGGCAAGCCAGGCAAAGGAGGUGGAAAAGGAUCUUCUAAAGGAGGAAGAGGAAGCAGGAGUCAUACUAAUAAAUCUCAUGGAAGUGGUGGCAGUGGCGGCAGCGGUGGUGGCGGUGGUGGUGGCAACAGAAAGGCCUCAAGUAGAAUUUGGGAUGAUGGAGAUGACUUUUGUAUCUUCAGUGAAUCAAGGCGCUCAUCCAGACCUAACAACAGUAGUGCAAGCAAGGGAGAAGCACGCCCUAAAUGGAAGCCCAAAGCCAAAGUGCCCCUUCAGACUCUCCAUAUGACCUCUGAGAAUCAAGAGAAAGUAAAAGCUCUUCUGCGAGACCUGCAAGAACAAGAUGCAGAUGCUGGAUCUGAAAGAGGAGUUUCUGGGGAGGAGGAAGAUGAUGAGCCUGAUUAUCGUGACGAUGAGCAGUACUGGUCAGCUGGACAAGAACCUUCCCUUGUUCCGGACUCUGAUCCUUUGGAAUAUGCAGGCUCAGGCCCAGUUGAGCCUCAUAUUCCAGAAUUUACAGUCUCACCAUUUGCAGUGCAAAAACUUUCCAGGUACGGCUUCAACAUUGAACGCUGUCAAGCAGCCCUGAGGGUUUGUGAUGGAGAUUUGGGGGCAUCACUAGAGCACCUACUCACCCAGUGUUUUUCAGAGACAUUUGGAGAAAGGAUGAAAAUCCCUGAAGCAACUGGCCACGUAAGCUUGGAUGAAUGUAUGGAGCAGCGACAGGAAGAGGCACUUGCUCUCAAGUCAAUUUGUGGAGAAAAAUUUAUAGAAAGAAUUCAGAACAGAGUCUGGACCAUUGGAUUGGAACUGGAGUAUCUAACAAGUAAAUUCUGCAAAUCCAAGCAAAAGGAUAGUAAAAAUGUGCAAGAGACAGUACCUGAAACCUGUAAAUUUUACCUAAAAGGAAAUUGUAAAUUUGGAUCAAAAUGCAAAUUCAAACAUGAAGUGCCCCCAAAUCAAAUUGUUGGAAGAGCAGAAAGAAUUGUAGAUGAUUCUCAUCUUAAUGCUAAUGAAGAUGCAUCUUUUUUAUAUGAGCUUGAAAUUCGAUUUUCUAAAGACCACAAAUACCCCUACCAAGCUCCCCUUGUGGCAUUUUAUUCCACCAAUGAGAAUCUACCUCUAGCUUGUCGUUUACAUAUUUCCGAGUUCCUUUAUGGCAAAGCCUUGACAUUUUCAGAAACUUCAGAACCUGUUGUAUAUUCUUUGAUAACCCUUUUAGAGGAAGAAUCAGAAAUUGUCAAAUUACUAACAAAUACUCAUCACAAGUACAGUGUCCCACCUGUGAACUUUCUGCCAGUAUCCUCUGGGACCAAAAUAAAUAAUCCUGCCUGUCGUAAACCAGUGAUUCCAAAUCAUUCUUUUGUUUCAAGUCAGAUUCCAGAAGUUGGAAAAGAAUCAGAACCUGAGGAGGAAGCAGAAGAGGAUGAAGCUCCAGCACCAGUUAUAGUGGAGAAUGAAAGCUAUGUGAACCUUAAGAAAAAGAUUUCCAAAAGAUAUGACUGGCAGGCAAAAUCAGUACACGCUGAAAAUAGUAAAAUCUGCAAGCAGUUCCGGAUGAAACAGGCUUCCAGACAGUUCCAGUCAAUUCUACAAGAAAGGCAAUCACUCCCUGCUUGGGAAGAAAGAGAAACCAUUCUUAAAUUGCUGAGCAAGCACCAAGUGGUUGUCAUAAGUGGUAUGACUGGAUGUGGAAAAACCACACAGAUUCCACAAUUUAUUCUGGAUGAUUCUCUGGGCGGGCCACCUGAGAAAGUGGCUAACAUCAUCUGUACCCAACCCCGACGAAUCUCUGCGAUCUCUGUUGCUGAACGAGUUGCUAAAGAAAGAGCAGAAAGAGUGGGUCUGACCGUGGGAUAUCAGAUUCGGUUAGAAAGUGUCAAGUCUUCAGCCACCAGACUGUUAUACUGCACCACAGGAGUGCUGCUGAGAAGACUAGAAGGAGAUACAGCUCUCCAAGGAGUUACCCAUAUCAUUGUUGAUGAAGUUCAUGAGAGGACAGAAGAAAGUGACUUCUUACUGCUAGUUUUGAAGGACAUUGUGUUGCAGAGGCCUACUCUUCAAGUUAUUCUAAUGAGUGCAACUUUAAAUGCUGAACUCUUUUCAGAAUAUUUCAAUUCCUGCCCAGUUAUUACUAUACCAGGUCGUACAUUUCCUGUUGAUCAGUUUUUUCUGGAAGAUGCAGUUGCUGUGACAAGAUAUGUGUUACAGGAUGGGAGCCCAUAUAUGCGCUCCAUGAAACAGAUUGCAAAGGAAAAACUUAAAGCAAGGCGCAACAGAACUGCAUUUGAAGAAGUGGAGGAAGACCUGAGGCUGUCCCUUCACCUCCAGGAUCAGGAUUCUGUCAAAGAUGCAAUACCAGAUCAACAGUUAGAUUUUAAGCAGCUCAUGACCCGCUAUAAAGGGGUUAGCAAAUCAGUCAUCAAAACGAUGUCCAUUAUGGAUUUCGAAAAGGUUAAUCUUGAAUUAAUAGAGGCCUUAUUAGAAUGGAUUGUAGACGGAAAGCACUCCUAUCCUCCAGGUGCUAUACUUGUAUUUUUACCAGGACUAGCAGAAAUCAAAAUGCUUUAUGAGCAGCUACAGUCUAAUUCUCUUUUCAACAAUCGACGUAGUAAUCGAUGUGUUAUUCACCCACUUCACUCAUCUUUAUCCAGUGAAGAGCAACAAGCUGUAUUUGUAAAACCUCCAGUGGGUGUAACUAAGAUUAUCAUUUCCACCAACAUUGCCGAGACUUCCAUAACCAUUGAUGAUGUUGUCUAUGUCAUCGAUUCUGGGAAAAUGAAAGAGAAGAGAUAUGAUGCCAGCAAAGGGAUGGAAAGUCUAGAGGACACUUUUGUAUCUCAAGCAAAUGCUCUGCAAAGAAAGGGUCGAGCAGGCCGUGUUGCAUCUGGGGUCUGCUUCCAUUUAUUCACUAGCCAUCACUACAACCACCAGCUUUUAAAGCAGCAGCUACCAGAAAUACAAAGAGUGCCAUUGGAACAGCUGUGUCUAAGAAUUAAAAUUUUAGAGAUGUUUAACGCUCAUAAUCUUCAAUCUGUGUUCUCUCGGCUCAUUGAACCUCCACAUGUUGAUUCUCUCCGUGCCUCAAAAAUACGAUUACGAGAUUUGGGAGCAUUAACUCCAGAUGAAAAAUUGACCCCGCUAGGAUAUCAUUUGGCCUCUCUGCCUGUGGAUGUGAGAAUCGGCAAACUGAUGCUCUUUGGGUCUAUCUUCCGCUGUUUGGAUCCUGCUCUCACCAUUGCUGCCAGCUUGGCCUUUAAGUCUCCUUUUGUGUCUCCCUGGGAUAAAAAAGAGGAAGCCAACCAGAAAAAGCUGGAAUUUGCAUUUGCAAACAGUGAUUAUCUGGCCCUUCUGAGAGCAUAUAAGGGAUGGCAGCUGAGUGCAAAAGAAGGUGUGCGUGCAAGUUAUAAUUAUUGCAGACAAAACUUCUUGUCAGGAAGAGUUCUGCAGGAAAUGGCCAGCCUCAAACGACAAUUCACUGAACUAUUAUCGGAUAUAGGUUUUGUAAAGGAAGGACUCAGAGCAAGGGAAAUUGAGAAAAGGGCCCAAGGAGGAGAUGGUGUCCUAGAUGCCACAGGAGAAGAGGCAAACUCAAAUGCUGAGAACCCCAAGCUGAUAUCAGCAAUGCUGUGUGCUGCUCUUUAUCCAAAUGUAGUGCAGGUGAAGAGCCCAGAAGGAAAAUUUCAGAAGACCAGUACUGGUGCUGUCAGAAUGCAACCAAAAUCAGCUGAGUUGAAGUUUGUUACAAAGAAUGAUGGAUAUGUACACAUUCACCCUUCCUCCGUGAAUUACCAGGUCAGACACUUCGACAGCCCCUAUCUGCUGUACCAUGAGAAGAUCAAAACAAGUCGGAUAUUCAUCCGCGACUGCAGCAUGGUGUCUGUGUACCCACUGGUCUUAUUUGGAGGAGGCCAAGUGAAUGUGCAGCUUCAAAGAGGAGAGUUCGUUGUCUCCUUGGAUGAUGGUUGGAUCCGUUUUGUAGCUGCUUCUCAUCAGGUGGCUGAAUUAGUCAAGGAACUUCGUUGUGAACUUGACCAGCUCCUCCAGGAUAAAAUUAAAAACCCAAGCAUAGACUUGUGUACCUGUCCCAGAGGCUCCCGGAUCAUCAGCACAAUUGUGAAACUUGUCACCACACAAUAAAGACUAGUCUUAAGAGCACUUGCUCCUCACCUGCCUCUUGCUCACCUGGAAAGUCACAGCCGUACUUCUACCUCGGACUGAAGGCUUGAGCUGGGGCUGGCCCUGGGCUAGGGCAAGCUACGGUCACAUGCCGAAGGGACAUUUCUACACUUUGUACUUCUAACAAAGUGGGGACACUCCCAGCACAAUUUGGAGUGUCAAUGGUGAGAGAGUCGGAAACCCAGCUUGCCAGUCUUUUUCUCUGUGACUCUUUGAGAGUGAGUGAAAUUCACCUGAUAACACAAAAGUGAAUGUUUAAUAUAAUUCUCUUAUAAUCUAUGUAUUCUUUUUCUUCUACUUUUUAAUCAUGUAUGUCUAUAUAUUCUUUUCUCCUAUUUUUUAUUGGGCAUGAGGAGAGAUAAUCUGUUUUUUUCCUGUCAUAAUAAAGGCUCAAUUGAGGGAAGACAGAACAGAGAAGGAAAAACAAACAAAAAAAUCAUGUGAGCAAGAAAAAUAAAAACUUCAUUUUAGGCUCUUGGCUACUGAGUAAACUUGAUUUGCAAGGGGGCUUUAGUUUUAAUCAUUAAAGGUCACCUUAAAAAGACAAAUUUAACUUGGGAAGCUUGAGGCAACCCAGUGAG